AUGAAUCCCACAUUUGCCGCCAUCCAAACCCGUUCCGAACUCCAAAAAACUUUCCAAGGCAGACCCGCUGCACAACACAUCAGCGGUUGGGAUGACCUAUGGAAAAAAUCUCUCACGCCCUGGGAUCGCGCUGGUCCUUCGCAGGCUUUACGAGAUGCUAUUCUCUCCCAGAAUCAAAAUCUUUUCGGUUCACCUAUUAAGAAACUCGCCAAAACGACGACGACGACUGGUCAGCAGCAGCAGCAGCAGCAGCAGCAGCAGCAGCAGCAGCAGCAGCAGCAGCAGCGCAAAAAAGCUCUUGUACCAGGUUGUGGUCGUGGCUACGAUGUAUUAUCUCUCGCGUCUCUUGGAUACGAUACGUUUGGUCUCGACGGGUCAGAAAAUGCGAUUCUAGCAGCUCGAAAACUUGAAGCAGAAGAAAUCUCUUGCGAAUCUGAUGCCUAUCGCCUUAGAGACCCUCUUAUCGGAAAGGGAAAAAUCCAAUUUAUUAUUGGAGAUUUUUUUCGAGAGGAUUUUCUUGCUGCUAUCUCGACUACGACGACUACGCACGGCGAUAGCACCAGCAACGACACGGUUCUACCGACAACAGACGAAAAAUUCGAUCUCAUAUUCGAUUAUACAUUCCUCUGCGCUUUACCUCGCGAACUCCGACCGACAUGGGCCAAACGUAUGAGUGAAUUGCUCGCUCCCGAAGGAUUUCUCGUCUGUCUGGAAUGGCCUUUGCAGAAAUCUCCGAAAGAGGGUGGGCCGCCGCAUGGGUUGUCUGCGGAGUUGUAUGAGGAACUUUUGCGGAAGCCGGGACAGGAGGUCGAUGGUGGUGACGACGGAAGGGCGAAAAAUGCACUGGUCCGGUUGGAGCGUUAUCGACCGAGUAGGACGCAUGAGGCGGGUAAAGACUCGGAUUAUAUUUCAAUUUGGAAGAGGGCUGGAAAUUGAACUGCGCAGAAUGGCCUUUUGCUUCAAUUCUGGAUUAGCUACCUACCUCUACGAAAGCUCUAGUACCUAGUAGUAUAUGGGAUCAGACUGUAUCACG